AUGAGCUGGAAGUUGGCACUGACAUGGACACUCCUGGUUGGUCCAUGGGGCCAUGAAGGUGCCCCGAGCUCCAUUUCUUGGGAAGUACAACGAUUCGACGGCUGGUACAACAAUCUUGCAGAACACAGAUGGGGCAGCAAGGGCUCCCGGCUACGGCGUCUGGUACCUGCCACUUAUGCGGAUGGUGUGUUCCGGCCCUUGGACGAACCGCACCUGCCCAAUCCUCGCAAUCUCAGCAACGCCGCGAUGCGGGGUGCGGCAGGGCAGCCCUCCUUCCGCAAUCGAACGGUGCUAGGGGUCUUCUUUGGGUACCAUGUACUCUCAGAUAUGGUCAGUGUGGAGCGGACAGGCUGUCCUACUGAGUUCUUGAAUAUCCGUGUCCCAGCUGGGGACCCAGUGUUUGACCCCAGUAACAAGGGGGAUGUGGUGCUCCCGUUCCAGAGAAGCCAGUGGGACCCAGACACUGGACAGAGUCCAAGCAACCCCCGGGACCAGACGAAUGAGGUGACCGGCUGGCUAGACGGCAGUGCCAUCUAUGGUUCUUCUCACUCCUGGAGUGAUGCAUUGAGGAGCUUCUCUGGUGGGGAGCUGGCAUCAGGGCCAGACCCUGCUUUCCCCAGGGACACUCAUGGAUCCUUCCUCAUGUGGACAGCACCAGACCCUUCCACUGGGCAGCGUGGCCCCCAAGGGCUAUAUGCCUUUGGGGCCGAGAGAGGGAACCAAAACCCAUUUCUACAGGCGCUGGGUCUCCUCUGGUUCCGAUACCACAACCUGUGGGCUCAGAGGCUGGCCCGGGAGCACCCGACCUGGGGAGACGAGGAGCUGUUCCAGCAUGCCCGAAAGAGGGUCAUCGCCACCUACCAGAACAUUGUUCUGUAUGAGUGGCUGCCCAGUUUCCUACAAAAGAAGACCCCAGAAUAUAAAGGGUAUCGAUCGUUUCUGGAUCCCAGCAUCUCCCCUGAGUUCCUGGCAGCCUCCAAGCAACUCUUCUCCACUAUGGUGCCCCCUGGUGUCUACAUGAGAAACUCCAGCUGCCAUUUUCAGGAGGUCACCAGUGGGAAGUCAGGAGUCUUCCCAGCUCUCAGGGUCUGCAACAGCUACUGGAAUCGAGAGAACCCAAACCUGCAUAGUGCCCGAGGAGUGGAUGCACUGCUUCUGGGCAUGGCCUCCCAGAUUGCUGAGAGAGAGGAUCAUGUGGUAGUGGAGGAUAUGAGAGAUUUCUGGCCAGGGCCACUGAAAUUCUCUCGUACUGACUACUCAGCGAGCUGGCUACAACGAGGACGAGACCUGGGACUGCCCUCUUACAACCAGGCUAGGGUAGCCCUGGGAUUAACCCCAGUCACCCGGUGGGAAGACAUCAACCCUGAACUUUCCCAGAGGAAUGGCAUUGUCCUGGAGGCAACGGCAUCCAUGUACCACCAUGACCUGUCCCGGCUAGAGCUGCUUGCUGGGGGGUUGCUGGAGUGCCGGGGGGAUCCUGGGCCCCUCUUCACUGCCAUCAUCCUUGAUCAGUUUAUGCGGCUUCGAGAUGGAGACCGAUACUGGUUUGAAAACACUAGGAAUGGUUUGUUCUCCAAGGAAGAGGUGGCCAAGAUACGAAACACCUCCUUCCGUGAUGUCUUGGUUGAUGUUACCAGUGUGGGCCUGGGUGCCCUGCAGCCCAAAGUCUUUAUCUGGAAAGAGGGAGACCCCUGCCCACAACCUCAGCAGAUCACAACUGAAGACUUGCCCAGCUGCGUACCCCUGGUGGUGCUCGACUAUUUCAAAGGCAGUGGCUUUGGAUUCGGUAUCACAAUUGGGGCCCUCUGCUGCUUCCCAUUGGUCAGCCUGCUGAGUGCCUGGAUUGUUGCUCGACUCCGAAAAAGGAAUUUCAAGAGGCUUCAGGUCCAGGAACGACACAGCAUCAUGUCUGAGAAAUUCGUGGAGGGUGUGGAAGCCAUUGAAUGGCAGGGCAAGAAAGAGCCCUGCCGGCCUGUGCUGCUGAAUCUCCAGCCUGGGUAUCUUCAAGUACUGGAUGGCCGGCUCUCACUGCUCCGUGUCAUCCAGUUCCGGGACUCCCAGAAGAUAAACUUCAUCCAGUCCAACAACCGGGGCCGAAGGGCACUUCUACUCAAGAUUCCCAAGGAGUAUGACCUGCUGUUGUUGUUUAACCUAGAAGAGGAUCGGCAGACCUUUGUUCUCAGUCUUCGGGAGGUCCUGAAGAGCAAUGGGCUCACUUUCCAGGAGUGGGAGCUUCGAGAGCAAGAAAUGAUGAGGACGGCUAUAACUAGGAUGCGUCGAAGCCACAUCUUGGAGACCUUCUUCAGACAUCUCUUCUCCCAGGUGCUGGACAUUGAAAAGGCAGAUGCGGGGAGCCUGCCCCUGGACUCAUCUGAGAAGGUUCAGGAGGCCCUGGCCUGUGAGCUGAGCAGGGCAGAAUUUGCAGAGUCCCUUGGCCUCAAACCUCAGGCCAUGUUUGUAGAGUCCAUGUUCUCUCUGGCUGACAAAGAUGGCAAUGGCUAUUUAUCCUUCCGAGAAUUCCUGGACAUCCUGGUGGUCUUCAUGAAAGGCUCCCCCGAGGAGAAGUCGCGUCUCAUGUUCCGGAUGUACGACUUUGAUGGUAACGGGCUCAUUUCCAAGGAGGAGUUUAUCAGGAUGCUUAGGUCCUUCAUCGAGAUUUCCAACAACUGCCUGUCCAAGGCCCAGCUGGCUGAGGUGGUGGAGUCCAUGUUCAGAGAGUCUGGCUUCCAAGACAAGGAGGAGCUGACCUGGGAGGAUUUCCACUUCAUGCUGAGGGACCAUGACAGUGAGCUCCGUUUCACGCAGCUCUGUAUUAAAGGUGUGGAAGUUCCUGAAGUCAUUAAGCAAGUAUGUCGGAGAGUCUCCUUCAUUAACCAGGAUACAAUAUGUACGACCCCGGGUAAAACUGCACAGAGCAGGGGUCAACUAGCCGAUGAGGAGACAAAGAAGAAAUUCAAGUGCCCGCCAUCUACAGACCCACCCCAGGAGGUCCGAAAGAGGUUCGGCAAAAAGCUGACAUCGUUCCAGCCCCGGCCCUUCACAGAAGCGCAUCGAGAGAAGUUGCAGAAAAGUCGUUGGCAUCUGACUGUCCAGCAAUUUAAGCGGUUCAUUGAGAACUACCGCAGGCAUAUCGCCUGUGCUGCUGUCUUCUACUUCAUCGCUGGCGGGCUGUUUCUGGAGAGGGCUUAUUUCUAUGCCUUUGCGGCACACCACAAGAGCAUCACAGACACCACCCAGGUGGGCAUCAUCUUGUCCCGAGGGACAGCAGCCAGCAUCUCCUUCAUGUUCUCCUACAUCUUACUCACCAUGUGCCGCAACCUUAUCACCUUCCUACGAGAGACCUUCCUUAACCGCUAUGUGCCCUUUGAUGCUGCGGUGGAUUUCCACCGAAUCGUUGCUGUCACAGCACUUGUGCUCACAGUUGUGCAUUCUUUGGGCCACGUGGUCAAUGUCUACUUGUUCUCCGUCAGCCCACUCAGUGUCCUGUCUUGUCUCUUCCCUGGGUUCUUCCGGGAUGAUGGGUCUGAAUUGCCUCAGAAAUUCUAUUGGUGGUUCUUCCAGACAGUUCCAGGCCUAACAGGAGUUGUGCUGCUCAUGGUCCUGGCUAUCAUGUAUGUCUUUGCUACCCACCACUUCCGUCGGCGCAGCUUCCGAGGCUUCUGGGUGACCCACCACCUCUACAUUUUGUUCUAUAUCCUGCUCAUUAUCCAUGGCAGCUUUGCCCUCAUCCAGCUGCCCCGCUUCCAUAUAUUCUUCCUGGUCCCAGCUCUUAUCUAUGGUGGGGACAAACUGGUGAGCCUGAGCCGGAAGAAGGUGGAAAUCAGUGUGGUGAAGGCUGAGCUUCUGCCCUCAGGUGUGACUCACCUUCAAUUCCAGCGGCCCCAGGGCUUUGAGUAUAAGUCAGGGCAGUGGGUACGUAUAGCCUGCCUGGCCCUGGGGACCACAGAAUACCAUCCAUUCACGCUCACCUCUGCACCCCACGAAGACACACUCAGCCUUCACAUCAGGGCUGUGGGACCCUGGACUACUCGACUCAGAGAGAUUUACUCACCCCCACCGGGUGCCAACAGUAUCAAAUACCCUAAGUUAUACCUGGAUGGGCCAUUUGGAGAGGGUCACCAAGAGUGGCACAAGUUUGAGGUGUCUGUGCUGGUGGGUGGGGGCAUUGGGGUCACCCCCUUUGCCUCCAUCCUCAAAGACCUGGUCUUCAAGUCAUCGGUAAGCUGCCAACUGCUCUGUAAAAAGAUCUACUUCAUCUGGGUGACGAGGACCCAAAGGCAGUUUGAGUGGCUGGCAGACAUCAUCCGGGAGAUAGAGGAGAAUGACCAGCAGGAGCUGGUGUCUGUGCACAUCUACAUCACUCAGCUGGCUGAGAAGUUUGAUCUCAGGACCACCAUGUUGUACAUCUGUGAGCGGCACUUCCAGAAGGUGCUGAACCGGAGUCUUUUCACCGGCCUGCGCUCCAUCACCCACUUUGGUCGGCCCCCCUUCGGCCCCUUCUUCAGCUCCCUGCAGGAGGUCCACCCACAUGUGCGGAAGAUUGGGGUAUUCAGCUGUGGCCCUCCCGGCAUGACCAAAAACGUGGAGAAGGCCUGUCAGCUCCUCAACCGGCAGGACCAGACUCACUUCUCCCAUCAUUAUGAGAACUUCUGA